AUGGGCAGGCCUGGUUCCAGCGUCCUGCCCUCGGAGGCUGUGGCGGCGCAUGACCUGGGCCUGAAGGCGCGGAGUCUGCUGGAUGUGUGGAGGAUGUGUGUGGGGGGGAGCAUCCUACCCGCGGGCCCGCUCAGCGGCGCCGCUGGCGGGGCGGUCCUGUUCAGCACCACGCUGGAGCCCUCCACCCGGCCCUUCAUCUCCGUGGGCUGGAGCUUCAGAGGGCGCAACUUCAUCACCUACACCGUCACCGGCAGCGACGUUGUCGAUGAGGCCUAUGCCGCCAGGGUGACCCUGGACCGGACCACCGGUUCCCUGCAGCUGCGGGACCUGGUGCUGGGGGACAGCGGGGAUUACCUGGUCAGCAUCACUCCGGACGGGGAGCAGCAGAAGACAGGCACCAUGCAGCUCAACGUGUACGCGCCCAUAACAGGGGCGUCCAUCUCCAACCCCGCCUCCUCCGCCACCCUCAUCGCAGGGCAGAGCGCGGCCACGCUGACGUGCGACGCCGCUGCCGGCAACGUGAGCACCCGGGAGUGGAUGCAGAACGGCCGGCCCCUCCUCCCCUCCCAGGACCGCGUCACCUUCUCCGCCGACGCCAAAAUGCUCUACAUGAAUCCUGUGCUCAGCGAUAACCAUGGCAACUACCAGUGUCGAGUCAGCAACGCGGUCAGCGCCAUGACCGCGGCGUACAAUCUCACGGUCAACUACGGGCCACAGAACAUGUCCAUCGCGGGACCCAGAGAAGCCGCGCUGGGCAUCAGGGUGCUGCUGAGGUGCAGCGCCGACUCGGUCCCUCCCCCCACCUACCGCUGGGCGCUGGACGGCAACGACACACGAGUCACCACCUCCACCUACGUCGUGGAGAGGAUGGAGGAGAGCCACGCGGGGAACUACACCUGCACGGUCAACAACCGGGUGACCAAGCUGCAGAAUUCAACAGUCAUAAACUUGAGAGCGUCCGGUUCUGCCCCCUAUUGGUCAUUCACACUAUUGCUGAUCUUAUCUCUCAACGUGGAAGAAUCUCUACUGACGUGUUGACACGGCUGAUUGUUCCACACUGAAGUCUUGUCUUUAUGAUGGAGAAGGAGGAUGUCAUGUCACGCGGACGUACAGGAACAUGAUAUCACAUCUCUUUGGACCAGAGGGGCUCCAACGCCACCAUAUACAAUCCCAUUCUGAAUGAAAACAUUAAUA